CAACAUGGGUGGAGAAGGUUACGAUAGCUGUUUGAGUUAAGAAAAGUUUGUUUCUGUCUGCUGUUUGUGAAAAUUAACUAAAACUAGCAAAUGCCUUCUGUCCAUCUAGAAAUGUACUCUACGGCGGUGUAAAAAACACGCAGAUUUUUUGGAAGACUAAUGCUACAGUAGCUAGCAUAGCUAGUCUAGCUUGCUACUGCAGUUGCUGCUAAGACGACAAUGGAUGCGGCCCCUGUUGAGGAUGAAGACCAUUGUAGGACCAGUGCGGUCCAGAUGCCGAGCAGAGUUGACAUUAAGGCACGAGUGCAGCAGUUUGUGGAAGAGAGGAUGCAGACUACCAUGCUGACAGGUGUCCUGAUCGGAGCUGUGGUGGCCAUGUUUCUCAUUGGCGUUGUGGUACUGUUCCUCUACAGGAGAUACAAACUGGCCAGUGGUCAGCAGGCGGGUGUGCCUCGCUAUCGCUUCAGGAAAAGGGACAAAGUGCUUUUCUAUGGCAGGAAGAUUAUGAGAAAGGUCCAGACCCUGUCCUCCACCCCGACCUCUACCUCCGUGUCCAAACAGCGCCCGCGGAAAAGACCCAAAGUCCUCAGCAUAGCUCGCAGGAUCCUGCGUAUCCGUAAGGAGCCCCCCACCCUGCAGCCCAAGGAGCCCCCUCCCUCCCUGCUGGAGGCGGACCUGACCGAGUUUGACGUGCAGAGCUCCAACCUGCCUUCCGAGGUCCUGUACAUGCUCAAGAACGUCAGGGUCCUCGGACACUUUGAGAAGCCCCUCUUUCUGGAGCUGUGUCGCCACAUGGUAUUUGUGGAGCUGCAGGAAGGGGAGGGGCUGUUCCGUCCUGGCGACGAUGACGACAGCAUCUACGUGGUCCAGGACGGCCGCCUGGAGCUCUCUAUCCAUGAGAACGACGGCACAGAGCCAGUGGUGAAGGACGUGCUCCCAGGUGACAGCGUCCACAGCCUGCUCAGUAUCCUGGACAUCAUAACGGGUUACCCUGCGCCCUACAAGACGGUGUCGGCACGGGCUGCCUCCCGCUCCACCAUCCUGCGGCUGCCCGCCUCCGCCUUCCAGUCCGUGUUCGAGAAAUACCCCGAGACCCUGGUGCGCGUCAUCCAGAUAAUCAUGGUGCGCCUGCAGAGGGUGACCUUCCUGGCGUUGCAUAACUACCUGGGCCUGACCACUGAGCUCUUUAACCCGGAGCGACAGGCAGUCCCUUUGGUCGCGGUCGCUAGCGUUCUCGGAGAGGGGAGUCCGGCCAGGUCGCCACGCCGACCUCAUUUUCAGGAAGAUGCUGUCGAGACCCACUCCACAGAACCAGAGGGUGGCAAAGCACAGGACAGCCAAGCACACACUCACAGGAAGGCCCGCUCCAUCUCCCUGCCCAUCGACACAGGGAACGACUUGAACAUGGCGUACGAGAGAGCCAGGGUCACCGUGGAGGAGCUCUCCACCAGUCCCGUCACAUACAAGUCCAUCCUGAAGAAGAGCGUGACCAUGCAGCAGACGCCCUCGGCGGUCUACCACUACACGGAGGGUGGGGGCCGCUGUGACCCGGUCCAUCCCAGCAAGGUCAGCGCCAUCUUCCAGGCCGCCAAGAAGGACCUGCUGGGCAUCUUCCAGCUGCAGAACCCCAGUCUGUUGGAGGGCAGGGUGACCCUCCACCAGGUGAAGGCGGGCUCAGUGGUCGCUCGCCAGGGAGACCAGGAAGUGAGCAUCCAGUUUGUGAUCUCGGGCCUGCUCCACGUGUACCAGCGCAUGAUCGACCGCGAGGAGGACACCUGCCUGUUCCUCACCCACCCGGGGGAGCUGGUGGGCCAGCUGGCCGUGCUCACGGGGGAGCCCCUCAUCUUCACCGUCCGAGCCCACCGCGACUGCAGCUUCCUGUCCAUCUCCAAGACCCACUUCUAUGAGAUCAUGCGCGUGGAGCCCACGGUGGUGCUGAACGUGGCUCACACCGUGGUGCGCAGGAUGUCCUCCUUCGUCAGGCAGAUCGACUUCGCCCUCGACUGGAUGGCUGUGGAGGCCGGCCGGGCCGUCUACAGACAGGGGGACAAGUCGGACAGCACCUACAUCGUUCUGAGCGGUCGCCUGCGCUCCGUCAUCCUGAAGGAGGACGGCAAGAAGGAGCUGACCGGAGAGUACGGCCGCGGUGACCUCAUAGGGGUGGUGGAGGCGUUGACCCAUCAGAACAGGGCGACUACCGUGCACGCUGUACGAGACUCUGAACUGGCCAAGCUCCCAGAGGGAGCGCUCAGCUCCAUCAAGAGGAAGUUCCCUCAGGUGGUCACGAGAUUGAUCCACCUCCUUGGGCAGAAAAUCCUUCAGCAAGUCAACGGCCCUCUGACAGCCCGUAGCCUGGCCCUACACACACCAGGCAGUAAGUGGGAUGCAGGGAACCCGGCCUCCAACCUGUCCACCGUCACAGUUCUGCCUGUGUCUGAGGAGGUCCCCUUAACCGCCUUCACCCUGGAGCUGCAGCACGCGCUCAUCGCCAUCGGUCCUACUCUCCUCCUGACGAGUGACAUCAUCAAACAGCGCCUCGGAGCCGCCGCGUUGGACAGUGUUCAUGAGUACCGCCUGUCCAGUUGGCUGGGCCAGCAGGAGGACAUUCACCGCAUCGUGCUCUACCAGACCGACUCCACUCUCACGCCCUGGACGCAGCGCUGCAUCCGCCAGGCCGACAGCAUCAUCAUCGUGGGCCUGGGCGAGCAGGACCCGGCCGUGGGCGAGCUGGAGCGCAUGCUGGAGGGCAGCGCGGUGCGCGCCCAGAAGCAGCUGGUGCUGCUGCACAGGGAGGACGGGCCCCCGCCCAAAGACACGGUGGAGUGGCUCAACAUGAGGAGCUGGAUCUCCAGACAUCUGCACCUGUCCUGCCCGCGCAGGGUCUUCUCCAAGAGGAGCCUGCCCAAGCUGAUAGAGAUGUACCAGCGGGUGUUCCAGAAGGAGGCGGACCGCCACUCCGACUUCUCCCGCCUGGCCCGUGUUCUCACCGGCAAUGCCAUCGCCCUCAUCCUCGGAGGGGGAGGGGCCAGGGGCUGCUCUCAAGUGGGCAUCCUGCGUGCCCUCAGCGAGGCGGGCAUCCCCGUGGACCUGGUGGGGGGCACGUCCAUCGGCUCCCUGAUGGGGGCGCUGUACGCCGAGGACCGCAGUCACAGCCGCAUGAGGAUGAGGGCCAGAGAGUGGGCCAUGGAGAUGACGUCAGUGUUCAAGAAGGUUCUUGACCUGACCUACCCCAUCACCUCCAUGUUCUCGGGCGCUGCCUUCAACUCCAGCAUCGCCAACGUCUUCAAGGGCAAGCAGAUCGAGGACCUGUGGACCCCUUACUUCAACAUCACCACGGACAUCACUGCGUCUUCCAUGAGGGUGCACACUGAUGGGUCUCUGUGGAGGUAUGUGCGGGCCAGCAUGUCCUUGUCGGGGUACCUUCCCCCCCUCUGCGACCCCAAAGAUGGACACCUGCUCAUGGACGGGGGCUACAUCAACAACCUGCCAGCCGAUGUGGCCCGCUCCAUGGGUGCCAAGGUGGUGAUCGCCAUCGACGUGGGCAGCCAGGACGAGACCAACCUCACCAACUACGGCGACUCGCUGUCCGGCUGGUGGCUGCUAUGGAAACGCCUCAACCCCCUGGCAGAGAAAGUGAAGGUGUUGAACAUGGCCGAGAUCCAGACCCGCCUGGCCUACGUGUGCUGCGUCCGCCAGCUGGAGGUGGUGAAGAGCAGCGACUACUGCGAGUACAUCCGGCCGCCCAUCGACCGCUACCGCACGCUGGAGUUUGGCAAGUUUGACGAGAUAGCGGAGGUGGGCUACCAGCACGGGAAGACAGUGUUUGACGUUUGGAAACGUAGUGGAGUGGUGGAGAAGAUGCUGAAAGACAGACACCAGGAGGAGUUCCACAACACACAGAGCAACAAUGUGGUGACUUGUCCCAAUGCCUCCUUCACGGACCUGGCGGAGAUCGUGUCACGCAUCGAACAGGUCAAACCUGCCCUGGUGGACGAAGAGUCAGACUACCACACUGACUACGAGGACGAGGCGAUGGAGAGCGCCUACUCGGACCUGGAGGUGUCCAGUCACUACGGGGGGCACACUACGGGGGAGGAGACUGCAGACACGGACGAGGACCUGGAGAGCCGCAGGGGACACCAGCCUCCCCCCGUCGCGACCGACAGGGGUCCCUCUUCCUCCCCCGCGUCCGCCCACCUGCAACCCCUCCCUCCGAGUCAGGAAGCUCUGUGACGACGGAGCAGACGGCAGAGCCCCUGGCCGUGGGCAUCCGCAGGCCGAGUUGCGGCGACGUCCACCAGAACAAUACGAGCCUCUAGCAGGCGACGGCACUCCCGAAACACGGACAGUGCCUUUUACGCAACCCCCCCCCCAAAAAAAACAGGGACGGCGUCCUGCACACACCCUUGGUUCUUUAGAUCUGCCUCUUGCUGCGUAUUUUCCUAGUAUUUUGUUAGGCAGAAGCAUUGCAAUCAGAUGGGUUCUUAUUUUUUGUAGUCUGAAUCCCACUUUGUGAGAUGUCUGCAUUGAGGUGGGAGACUUUAAGGGGUUUGUGGCGGUGUUUCUAUAACGGCUGGCUGAUGCUACCUCACACACACACAGACGCGCACACUGGCAUGAAACCAUCCGUGUGCGUUAAAUCGCGUUCCACUCCCUGGUCACGGGCGUCGGCAUGGAGACAUGGUUCAGACAUGCCCCGUGUGCCAACGACACGGAGGAUCACGACAACAAAGCAACACGAAAGCCCUCUGGGUUUCCGCUCCGUACCCUGCGGAUCGUAUCGGGCGUACACCGAUGAGACACGUGGCAGGAACACACACUACCCUCCAAACUGGCUCGCACCCUUGUCUCGAGCCAAACAGGCUAUGUAUUAUUCCCUCUCACAAACCAUGCUGGACAAUCUUUUCCAGCUUGAUGCUAAUAGGUGAUUUGACUAAUAUGCGUGUUCGACUUUUCUAUUUGUAUGUGGCAUUUGCUGUGUAGGCUUGCAUACUAACCACUACGAAGCCCACCCAUGUAAUUCUUAUGAUGACUUUAUCUUGUCUAAUUGUGUGCAUCAUGCAUUUUUGUACACUACCCCACCAGCGGUGUCUAGCACAGUUAAUAUGCUAUCACGACGAGCCUUAACCGGACACAACAGUGGAUGAGCACGAGAUCAAUAUAUCUAGAUUAUUGUAAGAGGAUAGGAAAAAAGGCUUGCGUUAAUUAAACCAUUCUCCAAUAGGUAUUAAGUGUGGCAUAUGAAUUUUCCAGUUGAUUAAAUUAAUCGAUCGAUGAUUGAUUGCGCGAUUUCGGCCAAUGUUUUGGUCUGACUCAUUGUUUUGUGCGGUGUCCAACGUGCAGGGCCGAGUGGAUUGGCGCCCCAAGAUGGACGAUCCUCGAGAGUGUUGCUCAUUACGGAAAUGGAAAGUGCUUUUAUGUAACGAAUGCAAAACUAUGAUGAGUGUUCUCAAAGCCUUACGUGACUGUGAGAAACUUUUUACAGUCUACAUGUAACACCCGGCUGUAGUGCCUUGAACAAAUACUGCUGUUCGGUUACACUUCCGGCGUCGCCUGUUUGCCAAUUAUCUUGUAAUUAUGUACUUUUGCGUCCAUAUGUACAGUAUUGUUCGAUUUGUCAUGUUUUUGAUAACCUCAGUGUAAAACUAAUAAACUAACUAAUAAGCCACUUUUA